AAAAAAAAAUAAUAAUGUUCUCUCAUCAUACUAAUCCUGAAGGUGUUUUACACGUUACUAUUAUCGAAGCUCGCAAGUUGAAAGACCAAGAUCUUGUUGGAAAAAAUGAUCCUUAUGUAGAAUUCUGGAUUGAUAGCAAGUACAAGCAACGUACUAAGGAACUCUCCAACACUAACAAUCCUGUUUUCAACCAAACAUUCACUUUCCCUUUGACUAGUGGGUCCUCAGAUCAUAAGCUUCAUUUUCAUGUUUAUGACAAGGAUUUGGUGGGAAGUGACAAGAUUGGUGAUGUUACUGUCGACUUUGCUGAUAUUGUCCAACAAAACCGAGCUGUAGAUGACUGGUACAAAUUGACUGGUAAGGUGGGCCUUCGUAAUCAUGGUGAACUUCGUUUGGCCAUUCGCUUUGUUCCUCAACAAUAUUGAUUUCCAACAACCAUCCUUUAGUUAGUUAGUUAGUAGUAUGUUAUUUUUUUUUUAUCUUAGUAUUCAUUUGUAUUGAUUUUUUUUUUUCUUCCAUUGAUGAUCAAUCAUUAAUAAACAAACUUCAUUUUAAAAAAAAAA